GGAAGUUACACAAACGUGACUUAGUCCUUUGUUGUAAGAUGCGGUUUCCAUUUCAACAUCUGGAUUUUUUCCCUCCCUUUAACUUAAAUCGUAAAGCGGGCGCUUUGGCGUCCGGGGCUUCUCUCGUCGACGUAGCGAACCUCGACAGAAGCAGGAAGUCCGGUGGGGGGGGAACUUCUUCCAAACAUGAACGUUGAACGCACCCUGAAUGCGACACUUCUUUUCACCGACUAAAACCAUGCCGAGCCGCGCUACCUGUUGACGCCUAUUAACGUGUUGAUGUUACUCUCCGUCGUCGUCAACGCGUCGUGAUUUGUGCGCUCGGGGUCGAGAUUAUGGACGUUCCUCAGAUCACUGAAGAUGAAAUGGCAGCGAUUAAGAAAGACGUGCUGACCAGAUUGCGGCACUACCUCUGCGACAAGAUCCGAGCCGAGCGCCACCUGGACUACCUGCGCUCCCGCCGGAUCCUGAGCCGGGACGACGCGGAGGAGAUCGGCUGCAGGUCCACGCAGACCAAGAGGACGGGCACGCUGUUGGACACGCUGGCCGAGAACCCCCGGGGCCUGGACGCCUUGAUCGACGCCUUGAGGGAGUCGCGCACGCAGAACUUCAUCAUCACCAAAAUCACGGACGAGGUGCAGAAGGCCAAAAACGAGAAGGUGGAGUCGCUGCGAUGCGCCGCUUCCAGUUCGCUGCCCGCCGGCAGCCUCGGCACUCUGGUCACGAACGGCGACAACCUCUCCAUGUACUCCAACAACUCCACCCUGCUGCUGCACCCCGACGGAGAGAGCAGCCCCUCCGCCCCGGCACGCUCGCUCAGCCUGCCGUCGGCGCCCUCGACGGCGUCCGGCGUCAGCGGGGCCGCCUCCUCCUCCCCCGCCGCCACCACCUCCACCACCUGCACCACCCUCCCCUCCUCCAGCCUGCCGAGGCCCGGGGACCCCGGGGCCCCUCCGCUGCCGGAGGAGGUGAUGCUGGACCCGCCCUCCAACGUGGACGCCGCGGCGCCGGGGUACACCAGCAGCGGCGGGGACCCGAACUUCCAGCCCCUCCGGUCGCGCUCUCUCACUCCGACAUCACACAGGAGCGUCUUUUAGUCUCACAACCCGACCAAGACACUUUUAACCCUCCCCCCUCAUCUCCCCAUCUCCCCCCUCACAGACUCUCUCCUUGUUGCCGUUUGAUUGGGCACGAAUGGGCUCACGUGGGAUUUAUUUCUACCAAAUCAAGCAACCGUUCAUGAUCGAGAUGGGCGCCAUCUUUUCCCGUGGGUUAAUAUUGUAUAUCGCUAGUGCUAAUUCAUGAAGCUUAGUUUUUAAUACAAGUAUAGUAUGACGUAUUUUUAGUAAACCAACAUGUUUAUUGCAGGUGUACAAUAAAUGAAAGGCCAAUUGAUGAAUUUGAGCAAGCGUUCAACGCCAGCUUUCACUUUUCAAUACUCGAAUAUCGAGGUUCGAAUCCCUCAUUUUGAGCUCAGAAAUUCUUUUUUUCUUUUUUUUUGUUUUACCAAAGGUGUGUUUUCCGGAUAAACCGUUGAACCCGGCUCAUGCGUUUUAGGUGAAAAGUGGAAUGACUAGAACUGACGUGCCUCAUCUCGUCAGACGCUGCUCUCGGUCGGUACCUCCAAGCGAUGAUCCGACGCUCAUUCCGUGCAGCAUUAAGUCGACACCGAGUUGCUUUACGUAUUCGUCACUACAAAAGUCUUCAAUACCAAAACCUGUCGUGAGGGAACAACACGUGUCCCACUUUAUUGUAUUUACCUGGUCGUGUACAAUUGUUGAUUGCAUACUAAACGUCUUCUGUUAAAUCAA